AUGAACUUUUUAGCCAGAAGAUCACUCUUAAAUUUGAGUCGUUCAACCACUCCUUUCCAUGGAGUUCCAAUUGCAUUUGGUAACCGUUUUGUUUCUACCAAAGACUUAACACCCAAGAAGUUACAAACAGAUUUCCCAUUAAUUAGUGAAAAGACAGCGUCUGCUCCUAUCGAUUAUGUGUUAACAUCAUUGGAUAUGAUUGCCAAUUGGGCCAGAAAGUCAUCGUUUUGGCCAGUUACUUUUGGUUUAGCAUGUUGUGCUGUUGAGAUGAUGCACGUUUCAACCCCAAGAUAUGAUCAAGAUAGAUUGGGGAUUAUUUUCAGAGCUUCUCCAAGACAAUCGGAUAUCAUGAUUGUUGCUGGGACUUUAACUAAUAAGAUGGCACCUGCUUUAAGACAAGUUUAUGAUCAAAUGGCCGAACCUAAAUGGGUUAUUUCUAUGGGUUCAUGUGCUAAUGGUGGUGGAUAUUAUCAUUAUUCGUAUGCAGUUGUUAGAGGAUGUGAUAGGGUUGUUCCUGUGGAUGUUUAUGUUCCUGGAUGUCCUCCAACAGCAGAAGCUUUAAUGUAUGGUAUUUUCCAAUUACAAAAGAAGAUGAUGAAGACCAGAGUCACUCGUUUAUGGUACAGAAAUUAA